GAACAUUAAUGCUAAAUUUUAAAGUAUUAAGGAAUUAUCAAUAUGAGAUAUGGUAAAGGACAGUUCAAGAAAAAGCUCAAGUGCAUCAGAAGCAUCGCAAAGUAGUGCACCAGAUAGCAGCCAGCAAUUGCAAGACGAUUGCAGCUACAGGGAUAUAAUAGAACUCGUUGUAAAAUUUUAUGGAGAAACUGAAAGGAAAAAAGUGAAGGAAAGCGAAAGGAAAGCGGCUUGUGUUGACCGAGGUAUUGAUUGCAGCAGAUCUUUACAAAUAACAGAGGCUCAAGAUAAUGCCGGUAAUGCACCGAUUCCCACGCGACCUCCCGUUCAAAAUACUAAUCAAGCGAAUUUUCCUGACAUCGACAAUACAAGCGACGUGUCUUUGAGGAUGCUACUAGGACCUUCCAUGGACGAAACGGCCGUUCUAAUUCUAUGCAACAUUGAACUAUUGUACGAAUUCGUGAAUUUAUGCUCCUGUUACGGUAGGCACUUCAUCGAUGAACUUGUACCGUUACUCAGAUCGUUGUUACGAAGUAGCAACAAUUGUGUAAGACUCCUCGUCGCAUCGACCAUUCUUAUGAUGUUAGCGUCACCAUUAGUGUCAAUCGAUUGCAUUAUAUGAACAAUUUUUAAAGUAAAAAUAGC